AUGGCCUCAUAUAAAGCACUUUAUGGCAGGCAAUGCAGGUCUCCUAUUAGGUUGUUUGAUGUUGGGGAUACUAAGCUUUUGGGUUUGGAUUUAGUACAAGAUGAUAUUGAAAAAGUGAAAAUAAUUAGAGAAAGAAUAAUAUCAACUCAAAAUCGACAGAAGUCUUAUGUUGAUAAUCAACAUCAGGAGUUAGAAUUCAUGGUCAGGGAUAAAGUAUUUCUUAAGGUAUCUCCUAUGAAAAGGGUAAUGAGGUUUGGGAAGAAAGGAAAACUAAGUCUAAGGUAUAUUGGUCCAUUUGAAAUUUUAGAGAAAAUUAGUGCAGUUGCUUAUCGUUUGGCGUUACUGCUUGAAUUGUCAAGUAUUCAUCUAGUGUUUCAUGUAUCAAUGUUACGGAAAUACUUAUAUGACCCUUCUCAUGUGAUAGAAGCUCAGGGGAUUCAAAUAGCCCCAGACUUAUCUUAUGAAGAAGUUCCUGUGGCUAUUUUGGACCGACAAGUUAAGAAGUUGUGGUCUAAAGAAAUUACUUCAGUGAAAGUGCUAUAG